AUGGCCCAUAUCACGCUCGGCUCGACCGAGCCGCCUCCGUCGUCCCAGCACGGAUGCCGCCGCCGUCUGCUCAUCAUCCUCGCGUCCACCGUCAGCGUGGCGCUCGCCGUCGCCGUCUCGCUGGCCAUCUACUUCGCCGUGCGGCUGGGGCCGACGGGUGAUGUCAUCCUUGCUUCUACCGAGGCGAUCAGGCGCACGUGCGGGCCCACGCUGUACCCGGCGCUGUGCGUCAGCGAGCUCGCGGCGCUCCCCGGCGCGGCGGCCGCGCGGGACGCCGACCUCGUGCCCAUGUCGCUCGACGCCACUCGCCGGAGAGUGGCGGACGCGCUCGCCGACGCGACGGAGCUCGUGGCCGCGCGGGCGCCGCCGGACGACGCUGCUGCUGGUGGCUACGACAUCAGCGACUGCCUCGAGAUGCUCGAGGCCGCGGCCGACCUACUCAACCGCUCGGUCCGCGCCGUCACGGUGUCUACAGCUGCGGGCGCCGCCGCCGCCGACGUGCACGACGACGUCAUGGCCUGGCUCAGCGCGGCGCUCACGUACCACGACACGUGCCGCGACGGCCUUCAUGAAGAAGUUGACGCCGACCGCGGCGGCGGCAAGGACGGCCACACCGUCAAGGCCCAGAUGCUUCGGUCCCUCGCCAACCUCAGGGAGCACCUAAGCAACAGCCUCGCCAUCUUCAAGGCACAGGGAGCACCGGACGGCGACGUCGCCGGCGUCACCGUCCAGAAACGACAGCUACUGUCAGCCAGCAGCGGCCACGGAGACCUCACCUUUGGGGCGCCAAGGUGGGUAAAACACAACGAUCGCCGGCUCCUCGAUGCUCCGACCGCUGACAUCGUGCCCGACAUGGUCGUGGCCAAGGACGGCAGCGGAACGCACCAGAGCAUCGGCGACGCCGUGGAGGCUGCUCCCGUGCACAGCGCCCGCCGAGUCGUGAUCUACAUCAAGGCCGGCGUGUACACCGAGAACGUCAGUGUGGCGCGCAACAAGACGAAUCUGGUGCUCGUCGGCGACGGCGCCGGGCAGACGGUGGUGGUCGGGCGCCGCAGCGUCGGGGACGGCCUCAGGACUUUCGACACGGCGACGCUGUCGGUGUCCGGGGACGGGUUCAUGGUGCGCGACCUGACGGUGGAGAACCGCGCGGGGCCCGGGGCGCACCAGGCGGUGGCGCUGCUGGUGAGCGCGGACCGGGCGGUGGCGUACCGGUGCGCCGUGGUGGGGUACCAGGACACGCUGUACGCGCACGCGCAGCGGCAGCUGUACCGCGAGUGCGAGGUGGCCGGCACGGUGGACGCCGUGUUCGGCAACGCGGCGGCGGUGCUGCAGAACUGCACGCUGCGUGCGCGGCGGCCGCUGCCGGAGCAGAAGAACACGGUGACGGCGCAGGGACGCGCGGACCCGAACCAGAGCACGGGGUUCUCGGUGCACGGCUGCCGGCUGGUGCCGUCGACGGAGCUGGAGCGCGCCGUGCGCGGUGAGUACCCGACGAACUCGACGUACCUGGGCCGGCCGUGGAAGCCGUAUGCGCGGGUGGUGUACAUGGAGUCGUACAUGGGGGCACACGUGGACGCAUCCGGGUGGCUGGCGUGGGACGCGUCGGCGCGCGUGCCCGACGACACGGUGUACUACGGCGAGUACCGGAACUACGGGCCCGGCGCGGAGCUCGAGGGGCGCGUGGCGUGGCCGGGACACCGCGUCAUCACGCUGGCGGAGGAGGCGAUGGAGUUCACGGUGAGCAGGUUCAUCGGCGGCUACUCGUGGCUGCCGGCCACCGGGGUGCCUUUCGAAGGCGGCUUGACCGCGUGA